CAACAACCGCCUCUCUCCAGUGCUUUAAGAGAAGGAAGAAAAGAACAAUGUCCAUUGCUUUGAGGGAUGGAUUCCAAGGACAAUCGCUUGAUCGGGUAUUAGAGGAUGUUCUCGUGCGAUUUGUGCUAUUCGCCCAACCGGAAGAGCCUGAAAGGAUCUUCUUUGAUAUUGAGCUUGCGCUAUGGUUCUAUCUCGACUUGAUACGUACGGAGCAUCCGCAGUUGCAGAACUUCAAGAUCAAGGCCUUCAGCAAGAAGUUGGCUGAGCUGUACCCUUUCCUAUGGGAUGGUGAUAUCGAGGAAGGGCUGAAAAAGUUCAGCGGCUAUAAGUCUUUGGUGCCUGUUCGAGGUGUUGCUCUGUUUGACAAGACUUUGACCAAGGUGCUGUUAGUUCAAGGUAUAGAAUCAAGAUCGUGGAGUUUCCCCAGAGGUAAGAUCGAGCAGGACGAAACCGACGUCCAGGCUGCUGUCAGAGAGGCUAUGGAAGAGGUUGGUCUUGAUGUGAAGCCCUACAUCAACGAGAAGGACUUCAUCGAAAGAACUGUCAAAGGGAAAAAUUACAAAAUCUACUUGUGUAAGAAUAUACCGGAUGACGUUGCAUAUCGUCCAACUGUUCGAAACGAAAUCGACGCAAUCAACUGGAAAAAUUUCAAAAGUUUGAUGAAGGAGAUUAGAAAGUCUCAAGGCAAUUACUUCUUGGUUGCCAUGAUGAUCGGACAGCUGUCUAAAUGGGUUAAGAAGCAGAGAGGUGAAAUUGACGAAGAAUCUCUCAAAUCCGAAGUUGAAGAACAACUCAAGAACAUGUUGGGUAUUGGCGAAGAACCUGUCAACGAUCCUGGAAGGGAGUUGUUGGAAAUUCUCAGAACUGCUACUGCCAAAAAGCAAAUACACGACCAACAGGUACACCAUGUGCCAUUACCAAUCACAGGGUUCCCAAUCUAUCCUUCAUUUGGUACGCCAUUCCACCCAGCAAAUGUUCAACCUUUCAGUAAUAUGCAUUUGAUUGCUCCAUUUGCACCACCUGUCAUUCCACACCCUGGAAUGAUCCCUGCAUAUCCUUUCCCUGUGGGAAAUGUUCUCAUGGGACCAAGACCACCACUUCCAGCACAACAGCAGCAGCAGCAACAACAACCUCCUAACAUUGCUCAGCUUCAAAGACCAAGUCUAGUCAUGAGAAACGAUCUAGGAAGUACAGAACUUUUGGGACUGUUAAACAAGAAAAAUGAAAAGCCCACAGCGAAGAAGUCCCCAUUGGCUUCACAGAAUGAAACAUUGUCAACUGAUAGACACAAGGAUAGCUUGCUGUCACUUUUGGGGAAAUCAGCACCUAAAGCAGUCGAACCAAGUGCUUCAAACGCAUCGAAGGAACUACUGGGAUUAAUAAAGAAACCAACAACCGCAGAGGUAAAAUCAACACCAUUACAGAAGUCCAAUAGUAAGAGCAAACCAAGCAGAUCGGCCACUCCACUUGGUAAACAAUCCAGACCACAGAGUCCGAAACCUCAAAGGGCCAAUAGCCCUAAGCCAAAGAUUAAGAUCUUGAAAAGAGAAGAUAAGAGUACAACACCACUCAAGACUGAAUCUAAGCAGUCCAAUUCAAAUUCAAAAUCAGCUAAAACUUCAUCAGCCGAAGGAUCUACAACCCCUAAUGCAGAAUUGUUGAGGUUAAUCCAACAAUCUCGUGAAGCUGAGGAUGACGAUGCUGAAUUAUUCGAAGACUUUACCGAUACAGAAGAUGACCUAGGCAUUACACCCGAAGAUAAAGGCGAGGUACGUGUACCUUCACCUGAACCUAUCAAGGUUCCAAGUUUCCACAAGGGGUUUGAAGAACGUGGAACAACUCCACCAAAAAAAUUCAAAAUCUUGAAAAGAGGAGAAGAACUUAAGGCUGUAUCACCAAUUCUAAAUGAAGACUUGAUACCUCAUACAAUGGCGGGAAAUGAAAGUAUAGCUUCUAUAAUCGAUUUUUCUGAUAGAAGCGGAGACGAAGUCGAGGCUGGCAACUCUUUCGAGGGUCCUGUUGAACUUAAAAAUGAUGGAGUUUCCGGUUCACAAGGAGUCACCAUGAAUGGAGGGUCUUCUACUAGUGAUGGGACUGAAACUCAGUCUAAAAGCGAUUUGAAUGCAACUAAUAACGGAAUGGUUAAAGAGUCUGAUCACACCUUGUCCUCUCCUAGCGAUGAGUUGAUGGGACUUUUACGCAAGGGUACUGAACCGAAACAAGGAAAAGAUUCAGUAGCAAGCGCAGAGCUAUUUUCCAUGUUGCACAAAUCACCAGAACAAAAUCAAAAGAAAACCACAACUGGUGAUAUCGAACAACCACCAAAGGUUAAUAAAGAGGCUAGUAAUGAGUUAAUGUCAGCACUUUUUUCAAAACCAGCUCCAGCACCAACCACACCAAAUGUUAUUGACCAGUACCCACAGACACAGGUGGAGCAGACCCCAAGAGAACCAGGGACACAUUCAUCAGGGUUGAUGAGUUUACUCACUAAGACACCAAGUUCUAACUCGGCAUCAUCACCUGCUCCAAUUCUUGCAACUACUUCAUCAACUACGGAGAAUCAGGAUUCACAAAGCAAACACUCAAAGAACCUUUUGAAUUUACUCUUCAAGAGAUGAUAUAAGUACCUACGACGAAUUCUUAAGCUUGAGUUAUAAGCUAGUAUUAUUUUCAGCUUAAUUCGAGGUUUUUUUUCUUCUUCUAAAUAUGUAAGUUAGAUGCCAUGUGUUGCAAUUCAAAACACAUAUGGAAUGAACAUGUACGGAACCUCAGCCUUGUAUUUGAUCCAGUCAUCACCGUAUUUCUUCUCCAACUUAGCCUGGUCUCUAAAUGCUCUAUGGACCAAUACGAUAGUGAAGAAGAUAGGGAAGAACCAAGGCAAUGGAGAAGCAGUACCACAGACCAAACCCCAGAUCAUGGCUUGUGUCCAAUCAGCUGUGUAAUGUGGCUUUCUAGCGUAUUUCCACCAUCCAU